CCGAGGGAAAUAUGAAGUUGUGUGUGCAUGCAUGUAAAGGCCCCGAAAGGACUAAGGGGUGUGCGUCAAUAGGGUUGGAUGAGGAGUAUGGGGCCCGAUGGGUGCGUAGAGGCGAGGGGGAGGAUGGCAUCGCCGCACCCCGAUGACGCCAUUAGAACACGAUACUUAGGAAAAUGUUCCCAAGUGCCUUUCGAAGGCGUGGCGAUGCGAUCUGCUGCGCUGGUGGCGCGGGGCAAUGUCAUUGCGUCGGCAGGAGACGCGGGGGAGCUUCCGAAGGCGGGUGAUGGCGCGGAAGCGGGAGUAGGGGAAGACGACGAGCCUCUCGUGCAAAGGUUGUGCGGCUCUUGUGCGCCAUCUCAUGCAAUAGAAGCAGCCCCCAAAGUUUGGUCAUGCGAUAUGCGGUUCUCGAACGAGACCCGGGGAAGCACCAUAGUGAGUAUCAUCCAGGAAGCACGCGCGUAUCUGGUGGCAAUGGUGAGGGGAGUGCACCAUCCGGCUCCUCAAAGGCGCAUCGCCUUUCCACACAACAGCAUCCCGCAGCACAAGAUCGAAGACGAAUUGGAGUUCACCGUAGCGAAGGAAAGAGCGUUGAAGGUAGAGACGAUAGCGCUCAGGGCGAUCCACGGAUGGAUCUUCAAGUUCGGCAGCAGGGAGAGGGGGUAUCACUUGGCGUACCAGUACGCCUUGAACCACUCUGCCACUGACAUCGCCAGAGCGAUGUGGGCAGUGAAGGACUGACGCACGUUGGUCAGCCCGAUGGUGUUCCGCACGACGAUAAAAAUGGACAUGAUGA